CGGGGCUGGUUCCGGAUGCCCGGCGCCCCCGGUGCCCCCACGUGGUGGCCUCGGGCCGGAGCUCUUGCGUUCCCGGGGGUAGGCAGGGCCCUGUCCUCUCGCCGUGCUCCUGCUGUGGAGCUGGGGACCGGGCUCCGGGCGGCAGGCCUGGACGCCGCCACGGGGAGCCUGCUCCCGUGGGCAUUUGGCCGACGCGCUUCGGAGCGAGAGACCAUGGCAAGCCCAGGGAAGGACAAUUACCGAAUGAAGAGCUAUAAGAACAAUGCCUUAAACCCUGAGGAAAUGAGACGAAGGAGGGAGGAAGAGGGCAUUCAGCUUCGGAAACAGAAGCGAGAACAACAACUUUUUAAGCGGAGAAAUGUGGAGCUGAUUAAUGAAGAGGCUGCCAUGUUCGACAGUCUGCUGAUGGACUCCUACGUGAGCUCUACUACUGGGGAAAGUGUGAUCACAAGAGAGAUGGUGGAGAUGCUCUUUUCUGAUGAUUCUGACUUGCAGUUAGCAACCACACAGAAAUUCCGGAAGCUCCUCUCCAAAGAGCCGAGUCCUCCGAUAGAUGAAGUUAUUAACACUCCAGGAGUAGUUGACCGGUUUGUGGAGUUUCUGAAGAGGAGUGAGAAUUGUACAUUACAGUUUGAAGCUGCCUGGGCUCUAACAAACAUUGCCUCUGGAACCUCUCAGCAGACCAAAAUUGUCAUUGAAGCAGGAGCUGUCCCCAUUUUUAUUGAGCUGCUUAACUCAGACUUUGAAGAUGUACAAGAACAGGCAGUCUGGGCUCUGGGAAACAUAGCUGGAGACAGUUCCGUUUGCAGAGAUUACGUCUUGAAUUGUUCCAUCCUUAAUCCUUUGUUAACACUCCUUACUAAGUCCACACGACUGACAAUGACUCGGAAUGCCGUCUGGGCCCUGUCAAACCUCUGCCGAGGGAAGAACCCGCCUCCAGAAUUUGCAAAGGUCUCUCCUUGUUUGCCUGUAUUGUCUCGGCUACUCUUCAGCAGCGACUCAGACUUACUGGCCGAUGCUUGCUGGGCCCUCUCUUACCUGUCUGAUGGGCCCAAUGAGAAGAUCCAGGCAGUCAUAGACUCUGGAGUCUGUCGGAGAUUGGUAGAACUUCUGAUGCACAACGAUUACAAAGUGGCAUCUCCUGCCUUGAGAGCUGUGGGUAAUAUAGUCACUGGGGAUGACAUCCAAACCCAGGUCAUUCUUAACUGUUCAGCCCUCCCUUGCCUCCUCCACCUGCUGAGCAGCUCUAAGGAGUCAAUCCGGAAGGAAGCUUGCUGGACCAUUUCAAACAUCACUGCUGGUAACAGGGCUCAAAUACAGGCUGUCAUCGAUGCAAACAUCUUCCCUGUGUUGAUCGAAAUCCUUCAGAAAGCAGAGUUCCGUACAAGGAAGGAAGCAGCCUGGGCCAUCACCAAUGCCACAUCAGGAGGAACCCCUGAGCAAAUCCGGUACCUGGUGUCACUGGGCUGCAUCAAACCCCUGUGUGACUUGCUAACUGUAAUGGAUUCAAAGAUUGUGCAAGUAGCCCUCAAUGGACUAGAGAACAUCCUGCGGCUUGGAGAGCAAGAGGGCAAGCGUAGUGGCUCAGGGGUCAAUCCCUACUGUGGCCUCAUUGAGGAAGCCUAUGGCUUGGAUAAAAUUGAGUUUCUCCAAAGCCAUGAGAACCAGGAAAUCUACCAGAAGGCCUUUGACCUCAUCGAGCACUACUUUGGUGUGGAAGAUGACGACAGCAGCCUGGCUCCUCAGGUGGAUGAAACGCAACAGCAGUUCAUCUUCCAACAGCCUGAGGCCCCCAUGGAGGGCUUCCAGCUAUAAUGUCUGCCUCCAGGGAGGGGAGGGCAUGGGAAGCACCACCAGCCAGCAGAAGAGCAGCCCUCUGGUGGGCAGGAAAAGAGCCACCCCACCAGCAACCACCAUCCACCUGCUGCCCUGGAGACUGUGCUCUUGACCUGCUCAUCCCCUUCCCUGGAGGGAGCACCCUCUGGACAGACAGAACCGUCUGAGGCUCACACUGGGUUUUGUGACAAGAAGGGGCGUGUGGGUCUUUCUUCCUUACACUUUAUUUUGGCUGCACACAUGUCUUUAACCCAGGAGCCCAGGGGUAGACAAAGGAGGACUGAGGUAAUCAAUUUGCACCUUUAAAAUUUUUUUCUUUUAUUUUCUUUAGUGGUGACUUCCUUCCCAUUUAUCUUGCUUCAUCCAUCCCAGUCCUCUGCCCUGAUGUGUGUAACUCUUAUCUUGGGUACUUGAGCAGAUGGAAUAUUCCCAGAGGUGGGAGGUGGGAGGGGAGGGGAGAAGUCCAAAACAAAGUGUUCUUGCUCUGACCGAAUAUUAAUCUUGUAUGCUUGGAUUGGUUAUUUAAGUUUUUCUUUUGCACAUUUUUCUUGUAUUAAGGUUGUUCUUCCCAAAAAGCUGGUUUUUAGAAACCCAGCUGCCAGCACUGUCUGGAAAUAGAGGCUAAUGUGGAGGCCCCACACACACAAAGGUCCCUCCCUCCCCUGUGCCUAAAACCUCCCCCUUACUCUCCUGGAACCAAUACACCAGUGUGAGUGGGAGGGAGGAGCACAGGCCUGCAGACAGGGCUUCCCUUGUGUAGCUACUGACCCUGUAUCCUGCCCACCUCCUAAAUGGUGCGACCCAACUUCAUUUGUUUACUUGAAAAUUCACCUCAGAGUUGAAUGAACCUCUGAGGUGGCUGUGUUUUCUCCUGAGCUUGAGAUGGGGGGCUGUGGUCCUUCCUUCUCCUGAGGAGAAAGUCCUUGCUCUGAUGACCCAUAAGUUGCAGAGGAGGUUGGAGUCAGUGUCGUGUAUUGGGAUAGUCAGAAAUCCCUGCCUUUGGCCUUUCUUCUUCCUUCUGCCAUAGUUGGAUCAUGUAUAUUUUACUUCCAAAGGAGAGAAUGUCAAAAAGUUCCAUAUUUUUUUUUAUAUUCUGUAUUUUAAGUAGGUCAGUCUUCAUUGGUCUUAGGAGGACAAAGCGUCUGUGAGUGCGAUACUGUAAGGAAGACCAGAAAGAGGUGUAGAAGCUUCAGGCUCAAAGGACUAACUUGGUCCUUUUCUUCUCUGCUUGGAUUCUGGGCUACCACUUGGGACCAACUCUUACCUCCGGAGCCUUUAUGAAGUAAAUCAUCCUGGGCUGAUUGUCCCAGUACCUGAAGGGAGCAAAGAGGGCCUCAGGGCCUGGUGAAGUCUGCUGCUCUGGCCCUUGCUUCUGAGCAGAAAGCAGCCUGCCUUCUUCUCUAACUCAGUGUCAGGCCCUGCUACCCAGCUAAGUCACGACACAGCUGCCUCACCUAUUACCAGAGAACCUUGUUGACCUGGACACUUUGAGAGCUGUUGGCAUCUCCCUUCUGCAGGUCCUUGUACCUAGCUUGAAUUUCGCCUUUCUUGUGACAGUUACAGACACCUUUUUUUCUUUCUUUAAGUAAAGCUAGUUCAGUGCCUCAGAAGGUGGCCUGUGUUUUAGUAGGUUACACGUUACACUAAAACUGAGCUCUGGAGGCAGGGAAUACGGUACACUGUCAGCUAGUAUAGACCAACUGUGGAACUGGCAGCAUAGUACCCCACUGUGGUGAAGCCGAGGUAUCCCGGCCUCAUCUACGCUUCUCUUUCUCCAGGAACGGUGGUCUUCUUACUCCUGUUCCCACAGGUCUCCCUUGGGCUCCCACACUUGGCAGAUCUGAAGUUCAGGCUCUUGUUAUUGGUCAUUGGCUUUCAGUUAGCUGUGUCCUUUAGUUUUCAGGCCUUGCUCCUAAGAAAAGUAGUUCAGAGCUGGCGGUUGAUACUGAAAGCUGUGACCAACAUUGGAACACAUUGGCGAGCCAAAUACUUUUAUUCACCCUCUGGCCUUCUGGUAAGGCAAUUUAUUAUUAUUAUUUUUUUUUAACCUGGCCUGCAGCUAAACUGCUCCUAGUUCAAAGAAAAGCCCUCUGUAACUGCCAUCAUCACCCUUGCCUGAAGAGUAGAACACUGUAGUAGGAUCUACUCUGAACAUCUCAAGCAACAGUUAAGCUCCUGGCAUUGGAGCCAGAGUCUCGGUAUGAGACAUAAAUGUCCUGCUCGCCCCAUCCUUUCUCCACUAUCUCUUUGGCUGGAUCUAGUACCAGAUGGAAGAAGUUGGUUCCCUAGCUGCUCUAAGCAUCCCACACUGAAGUCCUCUUUAGUGACUGACAGAGUGGUCAGUCCUAGACACUCUCUUCAGUCUCCAGCUCUCACCAGUGACUACAAGCCUGAUGUUGGCUGCAGCCUUCUGGUAGAACCGUAUGAGUUCCAGCCUGUUUGGCGCCAUUGUUACUUGGGUCUGUGGACACACGCUUCCAAGAAGCAGGUGUUGAUGACCUUUUUUUUUUUUUUUUGAGAUCUUUGGUCCCCUUUACCUGGGACCUUAUAUCUACUGCUUCUCCCUUCUGUACAUGGAAGUCAUCUCCCAGGAGCCUGUGUGCUGAAGCUAACCACAGGUUAUAGCUGCUAUUACAUUUAGCUAAGAGAGAUGAAAAGAAGGUUCUUACACAUGGACUUUCUACUUCCCUGACACCAAUCCAGUCAAAAGACAAACUUCCGUGGAGGAACUCUUUCUACUCCUGUCUGCCUGGAAUCUUCGCAGUUCCACCCUCCUGCUCCACAUGCCUUCUUUGAAGGCUUCUGCUCUUUUCAUUCAGACCUCAUUCCUUCUCUCCCAGGCUCACUCACUGUGGCAUCCAUCCUCUCGUGUAUUCUUCAGGCUCAGGGUCUAACUUCUCGAAGGCCAAAAGCCAGCUUCUCCAGGUCCCUUCAGACCCAGGAGGGAGACAGGAUGAUGGCAAGCUUCCCUAGCAGGCUGGGGAAGGGUACAAGGCUCUGUGCACUGAAACAUGGGAGAUUGUGAGCAGCAGCAGCAGCUUCAGGUGUCACUCUCCUGCGAGGCAGUAAGAGACAGACUUCUGGCGCAGUCUAGACCAACCUUAUCCAGUAUUUUUUCUGUUUUACCUUUUGUAUUCUUUUGUUAAGCCAACGAACUGAGAAUUUGCCCCUCUAAGGAUCCAUGUGGUGGACACUAGCUGCUCUUUGGCCAAAGGCCUUCAUAACUGAUCGUUUCCCAGUGUCCCCUAGUCCCACCCCAGAAGAAGACAGGCAUGGCAAUGGAAGAAUUUGAGGUCAACUCCAACCGAAUCUGAAUGAAAACCUAGUUUCCUUUUGAGAGAGCAUCUUUUUUGAAGCCUGAACUACGUGCAGGACCAAAGCUGGCUGGAAAAAGCAGCCAUAAAUUGGGGAACCUGAACACCAGAGGGCAAAGGCUUGUGUGAUGUGUCUUCAAGGGCUUGGGCUUACCUACCUACUUCUAGGCCAGCCUGACUUCUAAUGCUCACACUAGCACAUGCUGAUGACGCCCACUAGCCCUGCACUCCUGUGGCUCUGAUUUUAAUGUUUAGAAAGAAAGUGAUCUACCAUGUGCAGGGAGCUGUGAAGGAAGUCACAGUUCAGGUCCUGAGACUGCCUGGAAACUAUGUCAAAGGUUCACACCAUGAACCCUCAGAAGCUGGAGGUGGGUAUUGGCUUUUUUAGCCGGCUUUUUUGGGAAAUGUCUUUUUUGACCUAUUUAAAUAAAUGAAGUGGGUAUGAGGUCUCAGCUACCCAGCAGACAGAACAUCACCCAAGGACAGCUUGGGUUUCCAGGUAAGAACCCUAGAAAGGUGAAUUUAAUCCUCACAGGUUUUGCUUUCCAAAUUCAUUUGCUUUUAUUUUUCUAAGAACUGUAAACUCUAUUUUUUCAUGUUCUCAGGGCCCCUGGGUAGACAAACAAAGCUUGAUUUCAGAGCAGAAAUAGGCCAAGAAACCAUGGCAUUGAGUGUGCUGAGUCCAGACAAAUGAUAUUUAUAUACACAUCCAAAUUUGAAGAGAAAAUGUAUUUCUUUAGGUUUCAAACACUGUAAUAGAUACAAAGCAAAAAUAAAAACCUGUUGCAAAGUUCUAAAUUGA